AAAAGAGACGGGAUCCUGGGGAAAAUUAAGAGCGAGGCCUCUGAGAGAUCCAAGCUGGAUGGGCAUUUGGGAUCCAUGGCAGCUCUAGGCCUGGGCCGUGCUCCUUCCCCCCGGGCAGAGUGAGUUUGUAGAUCUGACUCUAGCACUCUCCAGUUUGUGUGGCUGAGGGCCAUUCUUUGCUGAUUGCAUAUUGGUCCUCUCAUCUCCCACCCCAUGUGGCUUUCUUCUGCCUUGGGCUUCUGCCUCUUUGUAGCUGCCGAGUCCUCCUAACAUUGACUCCAGAAGCACCUGGUUCCCUCCAACCUUAUGCGCUCUCUCCAUACAUCCUGCCAGCCUCACCUCCCAUUAUCAAACUCCUGAUUUUCCAUUUGUAUUUCCCAUUUCAGAUUCUACAUACACAGAAACAGAGGUUUCACAUGCUUACUUAGGAAUGCUCCUUGAAAAGAUUAUCUCCUCAGACAUAAGCCCAGCCACAGAAAAGUCUCUCUAAGGUCAGCAGUUUCGAGAGUGACGAAGUGAGAAUUUGAUUCUUAUCUGUUCACAGACUCUACGAAUCCCGAAAUACCCUCCUGAAGAACACACUGGGGGAAAAAUACAAACAACCUUAUGGAUUUAGCCAUAGAUCAUAUAUAUUUUAAAUUGUCACUCUUUCACUCAACAAAUAAAUAUCUCCUAUGUGCCAAAUCAUGAGCCAGAAGUUGGAACAGCACGUUGUGAAGAGAACUUGGUCCCUAGCCUGAGGGAUUCAGAAUCUUGGGCACCAUCAUUUGUGUUUUCAUCAUUGUUGUCAUGAAUGUCUUUUGACACAUUCUUAUUUUGAUCUCCUUUGAUUUUUGUAUAUUAUGAUUAUUUCCAAUAUCAUUUUAAAAUAAGAAUUUUAUACUUAUGGAAAAAUAUAUGCCAUCUAAUUUGAAAAAUAAGGAAACAGUGCUUUGCUUUCCCUAGCCUGCCUACUCAUUUACUGUAAAAUAAUAAUUUUUCUUUUUCAGGGUUCAUUUCAAUUUUUUGAAAAGGAUUUAGCAAUGAAAUACAAAAAUCUCAGUUAUUUUCAUUAAGCUCAUUUUUUACUUUCCCCACAUAUAGGCUAUAUGCUUUAUUUAAUAUCUUUAUUCUUUACAUUAAGUUAAAAUUAUUUUAGAAAUGACUAUUUCAAUUGCUGUUUUGACAUUUCAUUGAUCAAUAUUUCACUAAAGAUAAUAACUUUCUCUAGGAUGCAGAGAGACUCAUAGAACUUACACCAGAAUUUCCACUGAAUGAAUUUCCCCACCUUCUUGGUGAUUGUACACCUGCCUUCCUUAUAAGGCGAACAAGGAAGUAAAUCAUGUUGAAGUUGCUUUUAAACACAGCUUUUCUGCUUUACCUGUCCAGGUAGCCUCUGUUUUCAUUUCAGUCUUAAUGAAAUCUUUCUAACUUACAUCUCAAGUUUCUUUUCAAAGCAGUCAAGAACUGAAGCGAAUGGGGAUUGAACUGCUUUGCCUGUUCUUUCUAUUUCUAGGAAGGAAUGAUCACGUACAAGGUGGCUGUGCCCUGGGAGGUGCAGAAACCUGUGAAGACUGCCUGCUCAUUGGACCUCAGUGUGCCUGGUGUGCUCAGGAGAAUUUUACCCGUCCAUCUGGAGUUGGUGAAAGGUGUGAUACCCCAGCAAACCUUUUAGCUAAAGGAUGUCAAUUAAACUUCAUCGAAAACCCUGUCUCCCAAGUGGAAAUACUAAAAAAUAAGCCUCUCAGUGUAGGCAGACAGAAAAAUAGUUCUGACAUUGUUCAGAUUGCACCUCAAAGCUUGAUCCUUAAGUUGAGACCAGGUGGUGCGCAGACUCUGCAGGUGCAUGUCCGCCAGACUGAGGACUACCCGGUGGAUUUGUAUUACCUCAUGGACCUCUCCGCCUCCAUGGAUGAUGACCUCAACACAAUCAAGGAGUUGGGCUCCCGGCUUUCCAAAGAGAUGUCUAAAUUAACCAGCAACUUUAGACUGGGCUUCGGAUCUUUUGUGGAAAAACCUGUAUCCCCUUUUGUGAAAACAACACCAGAAGAAAUUGCCAACCCUUGCAGUAGUAUUCCAUACUUCUGUUUACCUACAUUUGGAUUCAAGCACAUUUUGCCAUUGACAAAUGAUGCUGAAAGAUUCAAUGAAAUUGUGAAGAAUCAGAAAAUUUCUGCUAAUAUCGACACACCCGAAGGUGGAUUUGAUGCAAUUAUGCAAGCUGCUGUGUGUAAGGAAAAAAUUGGUUGGCGGAAUGACUCCCUCCACCUCCUGGUAUUUGUGAGUGAUGCUGAUUCUCAUUUUGGAAUGGACAGCAAACUGGCAGGCAUCGUCAUUCCUAAUGAUGGGCUCUGUCACUUGGACAGCAAGAAUGAAUACUCCAUGUCAACUGUCUUGGAAUAUCCAACUAUUGGACAACUCAUUGAUAAACUGGUACAAAACAACGUGUUAUUGAUCUUCGCUGUAACCCAAGAACAAGUUCAUUUAUAUGAGAAUUACGCAAAACUUAUUCCUGGAGCUACAGUAGGGCUACUUCAGAAGGACUCCGGAAACAUUCUCCAGCUGAUCAUCUCAGCUUAUGAAGAACUGCGGUCUGAGGUGGAACUGGAAGUAUUAGGAGACACUGAAGGACUCAACUUGUCAUUUACAGCCAUCUGUAACAACGGUACAUUCUUCCAACACCAAAAGAAAUGCUCUCACAUGAAAGUGGGAGACACAGCUUCCUUCAACGUGACUGUGAAUAUCCCAAACUGUGAGAGAAGAAGCAGGCACAUUAUCAUAAAGCCUGUGGGGCUGGGGGACGCCCUGGAAUUACUUGUCAGUCCAGAAUGCAACUGCGACUGUCAGAAAGAAGUGGAAGUGAACAGCUCCAAGUGUCACCACGGGAACGGCUCCUUCCAGUGUGGGGUGUGUGCCUGCCAUCCUGGCCACAUGGGGCCUCACUGUGAGUGUGGCGAGGACAUGCUGAGCACAGAUUCCUGCAAGGAGGCCCCAGAUCAUCCCUCCUGCAGUGGAAGGGGUGACUGCUACUGUGGGCAGUGUAUCUGCCACUUGUCUCCCUAUGGAAACAUCUAUGGGCCUUAUUGCCAGUGUGACAAUUUCUCCUGCGUGAGACACAAAGGGCUGCUCUGCGGAGACAACGGCGACUGUGACUGUGGUGAGUGUGUAUGCAGGAGCGGCUGGACUGGCGAGUACUGCAACUGCACCACCAGCACGGACUCCUGUGUCUCUGAAGACGGAGUUCUCUGCAGCGGGCGCGGGGACUGCGUUUGUGGCAAGUGUGUUUGCGCAAACCCGGGAGCCUCAGGACCAACCUGUGAACGAUGUCCUACCUGUGGUGACCCCUGUAACUCUAAACGGAGCUGCAUUGAGUGCCACCUGUCAGCAGCUGGCCAAGCCCGAGAAGAAUGUGUGGACAAGUGCAAACUAGCUGGUGCGACCAUCAGUGAAGAAGAAGAUUUCUCAAAGGAUGGUUCUGUUUCCUGCUCUCUGCAAGGAGAAAAUGAAUGUCUUAUUACAUUCCUGAUAACUACAGAUAAUGAGGGGAAAAGCAUCAUUCACAGCAUCAGUGAAAAAGAUUGUCCAAAGCCUCCAAACAUUCCCAUGAUCAUGUUGGGGGUUUCCCUGGCUAUUCUUCUCAUCGGGGUUGUCCUGCUGUGCAUCUGGAAGCUGCUGGUAUCAUUUCAUGAUCGUAAAGAAGUUGCCAAAUUUGAAGCAGAACGAUCAAAAGCCAAGUGGCAAACGGGAACCAAUCCACUCUACAGAGGCUCCACGAGUACUUUUAAAAAUGUAACUUAUAAACACAGGGAAAAACAAAAGGUGGACCUUUCCACAGAUGGAUAGAACUACUUUAUGCAUGAAAAAAGUCUGUUUCACUGGUAUGAAAUGUUAAUGCACUAUAUAAUUUUUUUCUCUUUGUUGCUUCAAAAUGAGGUUGGUUUAAGACAAUAAUAGGACGUUUGUAGAUAAGUUAUCCUCUACAUGAAGGUGACAGACUGUUGGCAGAUUCCAAAUAAUCAAGAAGAGAAAUAUCCUUAGCAAAGAGGUGACUUUGGGGAUCAUUUGAGGAAUACUAACUCUGUUGCAUUAAUGCUUCAAAAAAAUCAUCAAAAUGAUUCAUGGGGGCCUGAUUUGCAUUUGAAAAAUGGUUGAAAUUAGAAGCUCAUUUGUUUCAGGAAUGCAGCUACCUGAGUUCUUUGUCUCAGCAAAGUCACAAAGCCCAUACACUCACAUUGUAUAUCUAUACUUGCCAAUUAAUUCUAAACUUGUAGGAAAUAUGCCCUCUCUUGAAGGAUAAUUUUUUGAAAUCUCUGAGAAAUGACAUUCUGAUUUUACUUCAGCUAAGAAGUUGCAAUUCUUCUGAAGAUACCCCAAAUAUAAGAUUGAACAUUAAGUGUUAAUAAUUUUUGUGAAUUUAUACACACCUAAACGUUAAGUACACAAACAUUUUAUUUGUUUUACAAAUGAGGAAUAAGUAAUUUAUAAAUUAAGAAGUCACCUAUAAAAAUAAAAAGAUAACAACCCUAUCAUUUAACUUAUUUUUAAAUUACCUGAAAAACGAUAUUCUACACUCAGUUUCCUUUUUGACCCUGAGUUUUCAAACUGUUACUUCCCCCAUAUUUCUCAAUCCACUUCACUCAGUUGCACAGUCUUUUAAACCCUGUAAUUGUCACACAAAAGUUUCUUUAAAAAAAAUAAAUACUUUAAAUGGUUAGCUUAUUCAAAGAGCACUCCUAUAAUAUAAAAGGAACCUGUGUUAAACACAAUAAAAAAAAUUUUUUUUUUUUUUUUGAGACGGAGUCUCUCUCUGUCUCCCGGCUGGAGUGCAGUGGCGCGAUCUCGGCUCACUGCAAGCUCCGC